CGCGUCUCCAGGGAACCGCGGUGGCGCUGGCAGAGUGGCCGCAGCGGCAGUGACAUCGAGCCAUGGCUAAGGACGGGUCAGAGCACAGCGGGGGGCACAGUAGCGACUGGUUCACUCACGAUGGACUGGAGCUGGGCGAGCUGGAAUCAGUAACAAGCUCUUCACUAAAGCAUGUCCUGAACUCCGUAGCCGCUGUGGGCCAGGAACACAGAAUGCCGCUGCAGUACAAAGCUCGGGUGCAGAAAGCAGGAAACAACAAUUUCCCAUUCUCUUCUCAUGACAACAGACAUGACAUAUGCAAUGCAGUCGAGUAUUUUGACCUGGGCAUGGGCGUGAGGAAGUUGGAUCCAGAGAAGCAGAGACAGAACUCCCAUAACUUCUUCGAGUGGUCUCGCGCGCCGGGCCGGAGCAGCCGCGAGGGCUUCGUCACCGUCUACCAGAGCACGUUUGUGUCGGGUCAGAGCCCCGAAAAUGACGAGCAGUGUCACAGGCGCUACCCCAAACACCACUGCCAGAGCCACAGCGACCAGCAGCAACGCUCCAGCACACCUGCUACUGAGGAUGAGACAGCCCUGAAGCCAUCCCAGACACCCGAGACACCCGAGACACCCAAGACAUCUUCACCAGCCAACACCUCUGGAACACCCACCGAGCACGUGUGAACUGUUCACUACUCAAAGCAAUGGUGGAGGAAUAAACAUUGAGUAAAAUGCA